AUGAUGUCGAUUGAAUUAACAGCGUGUAUCAAUAUCAAUCUGCGAUUUUAACCAUGAAAGCGAACCGCCCGGCAACUCCUCGAUUCCAGUCUGCCGAAGGAGCUGUCACUCGCGAGCUGAAGUUCAGGAUAUCAGCCGCUGACGUGUCGCGUAUCGAGCGACGCCGAGAUUGGAUUGCCGGAGCUUUGCGUGCGUCUGAAUGGUAAAAGUAAUAAUAUUUCGCAAUUGAUCCGCGCGAGGACCCAAGGAAACCUGCGGAUGUUACGUCGCUGGGCCAUUGCUUGGCAACCGGAAGUACCAAACAGAAGCAGCCACGCCACGCCGCGCCAUACAGCUGCUUCGGCUGCACGGGCUGGCAGAUGUCUUUCUCAAAUGUCAGUGCUGAAUGUCAUCGAGGGUCACGACUGGAGUGCUCCCAGUCCUCGUGACGUAUCUUCAUGAUCGACGGCGCCGAUCGCGAAGACGUCCACGUGUCUCGCAAGACCGACGGUCCUCCUCCUCCUUCUCCUCCUCUUCCUCCUCCUCCUCUAGGCCGUCUUCUAUGAAGCUGAUGUAAAAAGUGCGUGCGUGGAGCGAUCUCCGGAUCUCGUCGGUGACACGCGAGAAUUCAUCUAAAUGCGAUACGUACCUGUCGGAGAAGUCAGCCUUAACUUUCACGCGGAAAAUAGAAGUAACUGAAAAUCGCUGCUAACGCAUCAGACUCCAAAAUGGCGUACAGGCAGCAGCCGGUGCAGGACGAACUCGAGCUGGAGACAAUGGCGGAGGUCGAGCUCUCCAGGCUGAAGAGACAAUACAGAAUAAUGGAGAACGAUCGGGCGGCGUGCGUGGAGGACGCGAGGUUGCAGCUGCGUAAUCAGCAGAACAUGAUCGACCGUCUGGAGUACGAGAAGGCCGAGCUCCUGUUGGCGAUCAAGACCGCGAAAUCAAAGUCGUUCGCACGUAAAGACAUGAAGAUGGACGAGAAGCUGAGGUGUCUCCUGCAGAAGCACGACAAGUACAUCGACAUGAUAGAGAACGAGAAGCGGCAGAUAGCCGAGCUCGACCAGCAGAUCGGCAAGCUCUCGAAGGAAGUCGCCGGCCUGAAAACGAAAGUACGCAGUGACACGCAGCUGCGAGACCAGGCCGUGCGGCACAGCAGGAUGACACUCAUGCUGGAGAACCGGGUGGAAGUGGCCACGAAGAGGUUCAACCAGGUGAUAACGGGGAACGCGAAGCUGCGCGCCGAGAUCGAGACGCUGCUGAAGGAACGGUCGCAGUUCACGCAGAUGUGGAACAAGCUGAUCGGCCAGCUGAACACCGGCAAGCAGAUCAUCAACGACCUGAUCGAGCAGGCGACGAUCACGUUCAACCAACGCGACGAAGAGCUCAAUAAGAUCCAAGCGCUUCGCGAGAGGGGCAUACGAGACCUGAAGAAUCACACGUCGGAGAUGUGCGAGCUGAAGAGGACCUUGGAUAACGAGAUGAAGCUGCAGGAGUUCCUCGGCGUGAAGGGACAGUAUCGCGAGAUGGCCGACCUGAACGCGAAGAAGGAAGCCGAGCGGCAGGCUAAGAGAGAGGAGAAGCAGAACAAAAUAGCCGCCUUCACGCAUAACUUGCAGACGAUCAAGCAAUUCACCGGAGAGCAAGAAAUCGACAAGCUCACCGCCCACUUCAUCAAGCAAGAGGAGGAGAAUUUCGCGCUCUUCAAUUACGUGAACGAGCUGAACGACGAACUGGAGGGUCUUCAGUCGAGGAUGGAACAGUUGACGGCAGCGAUCGACGAGGCACGUAUCCAGAACGUGCAUCGCGACCAGGAACAGGCGGAGACCUUGGACAAGGUCACCAAGCAACUGGAGGAGCAGACCGCGUUGGCGGACGCUGCCGAAGAGGAUCUCACGAAGUGCAACGAGGUGAUGGAGAAGGUGCUAAACGGGAUCAACGCGCUCUUCGAGUCGAUACGAUGCGACAACUCGCCGAUUUUGGAACUGCUGGGCGACAACACCUCCGUGACCAUGAGCAACGUCAUGCUCUACUUGGGCAUUAUCGAGAAACAGAUCACCGAGAUGUUUCACAAGGUUUACUGGGUGGACAAGACCAGCAAGGCGCCGCAAAUGCGCCUGGACGAGAGCAAGAAGUCCAGGCUGAAAGUACCGAUCCUCGCCCGGAUCGUACCGACGCAACCCUGCUCCCUCUGCGUGGAGAAGGAGCAGAUGCAGUUCGUGUCGGAAGGCCUGGAGGUGCCGCUGACACGUGCCGAAGCCAUGCAGAAGCUGCAGCAGAGGCUCGAGGACGAUUACUCGGAGCUGCUUCACAACGUAUCAGACUGUCACUUACCGGCGGCUAGAAAGAUUAUACAAAGACGUUAUCAAUAAAGGGAGUCAACACAACAGCGUCCUGUUU